UAUUUUAUUUAGACAAACGUUGAAUAUUUUUAUUUAAAAUUAAAUCAAAGGGUUGUAAAUGAUCUAUAUUGCAUAAAGCUUUCCUCCGUUCAACCACUGUUGUUCAAUGGAGGAUUUUCUUAGGAGGAUCUUUUGUAUAAAAGGACCACCCUUGUCUUUAAGAAAUCAGUUCAGUCCAUCCUUCCAUAUCAAGCAACAAGCAAUUCCUCCAAUUUGUCUGAACUCCAAGCACCAUGCAUCUGCUAGCAUACAUCUUGUUUUUCGCCGCCACGUCCUGUUGCCUGGCUCACUACAGAGGAGGGUAUGAAAGCCACAGAAUGUUCGAAAGGAAUGAACUCCACGAAGACGUAGAUGGAGUCCUAGUUGAGUGCCCUGUUUGCGAGAGUAACGGCGUACUGCCAACACAUGAACAUUGCAACAUCAUCAGAGGAAACAAGAAAUACAAGAAAUGCGAAUUUGGCACGUAUAAAAACGAAGUCUGCGGCAACCGACGUGAUUGCUACAGGGGACCUGCAGAACAGUGUACAGAAAAAAUGGAAAUUGAUGUCUAUGGUCAGAAAUGCGCUUACGGCUACUACUGCGAUAACCUUUACAAUGUUUGCGUGGGGUUGGACUACAGCGUCGAAAGGCCUUUUGGAAUUUAUAACCAUCUUUAUCAAUAUCCGCUUCGUGACGAUAAACUGAUUGUGUAAGAAGCUAAUAAGCAAAAGCUGUAAAAUUAAACCA